AUGCAAAAAUUACAAAUUGAAUCAGAGGAAGAGUCUUCAAAUGAAGAAUUAGAAGAAUUAGAAGAGUCAAAAAAAGAAGAAGCAAAAAAGAAAAAGUCAGAAAAGAAAUCAGACGAAUUAGAAGAAUCAAAUAAAGAAUUAGAAGAAUCAGAAGAAGAAUCAGAAGAAGAAUUAGAAGAAGAAUCAGAAGAAGAAUCAGAAGAAUUAGAAGAAGAAUCAGAAGAAGAAUCAGAAAAUGAAUUACAAAAAGAAUUCGAAGAAGAAUUUCAAGAAGGAUUUCAAGAAAAAACAGAAGAGCAAGAAAAGUUAUUACAAAAUCAAUCAGAUGAUUCUCAAGAAUCUCUAAAUGAAUUACAAAAGAAACAAAAACAUUCUACUAAAGAGAAUUAA